AUGGGACUCCGCGACGUCCUCAAAAAGAAGGAUCGGUCCGAUUCGGAGCCUCCCACCCCCGAAUUCACCCUCAUCCGGUCCGAUACCUACACGCGAGAAGUCGUCUACCCGCCAGGCGAGAACCCUUUCUCGAGACCACAGCCGCAGCAGCAGCAGCAGCAGCAAUCAAGCCACAAACCCCGCCGCAGCCUCGACGUCUUCCGCUCAUCACGAUCCCGCAGCGCCUCGGCCGCCUCGGCCUCCUCGCGUGGAAGUGACCCGAACUCCCGCAAAGAAGGCAGCCGACUGUCUCGUUUCCACCUGGGACGCGACCAUUCUUCGAGUAACAUACCGGCCGACCUACCAGAGAUCAGCAAUGGUGGUGCGUCGGGUGACCCGGAUGAGGCGGAGACGGAGUGGGAGAAGCGUGCUAUGAUUUUGGCCAGGAGUAGACCCUCGUCUCCGAAUCCGGACUUGGGACGACUUGGUGGGGGUGUGGUUUCGUCGUCCGAGAUUGACGCGAUGAUACAAAAGGCCAUUGCUUUUCAUGAGGAGGGUGACUUGGUACAGUCCACACGGCUUUUUGGCCAGUUGGCGGAUCCUAAUGGCGCGAAUAACCCCUUGAGCCAGGUGCUUUAUGGGCUUGCUCUGAGGCACGGCUGGGGGUGUCCUCCUGAUCCAGACCGAGCUGUGCAGUUCCUCUCCAAAGCCGCAUCCAAUGCCGCUGCCGUCGAGCAAAUGGCGCUGCAAGCCGGACUCAAGAAGGGUGGCGCCGCCAAGGGAGAACUAGUGCUUGCUAUAUUCGAACUGGCCAAUUGCUUCCGUCACGGCUGGGGUAUCGGAAAGGACCCCGUAGCCGCGAAACAGUAUUACGAGACCGCCGCAAAUCUCGGCGAUACGGACGCCAUGAAUGAAAUAGCAUGGUGCUAUCUCGAGGGCUUCGGAUGCAAGAAGGACAAGGUGCGUUGA